GGAGAACAACCACACGUAAUUAAGCAAAAAAAAAAAAAAAAAAUUGAGAACCAAAGUUGUGAGAUGGCUGAAGUGAAGUUGCUUGGUUUAUGGUAUAGCCCUUUUAGUCAUAGAGUUGAGUGGGCUCUAAAGAUUAAGGGUGUCAAAUAUGAAUAUAUAGAAGAAGAUUUACAAAAUAAAAGCCCUCUACUUCUUCAAUCUAAUCCAAUUUACAAGAAAAUCCCAGUGCUCAUUCACAAUGGCAAGUCCAUUUGUGAGUCUCUAGUCAUUCUUGAAUAUAUUGAUGAGACAUUUGAAGGCCCUUCCAUCUUGCCUAAAGAUCCUUAUGAGAGAGCUUUGGCGCGUUUCUGGGCUAAAUUCCUAGAAGCUAAGGCGCUAGCAACGUGGAAUAGUUUCUUCCUCAAAGGAGAGGAGCAAGAGAAAGCUAAAGAGGAAGUUUAUGAGAUGUUGAAAGUUCUUGAUAAUGAGCUCAAGGACAAGAAGUUCUUUGUGGCAGACAAAUUGGGAUUUGCUGAUAUUAUUGCAAAUGGUCCGGCAUUUUAUUUGGGAAUUCUUGAAGAAGUAUCUGGAGUUGUUUUGGCGACAAGUGAAAAGUUUCCAAAUUUUUGUGCUUGGAGAGAUGAAUAUUGCACCCAAAAUAAGAAAUAUUUACCUCCAAGAGAUGAAUUGCUUGUCCGUUACCAAAUCUACAUUCAACCUGUUGUUGCUUCAGAAUGAGUACACCCCGAGUGAAUUUCAAAAUUUUGUGUGGCAAUAAAAUUUAGAGAUGGAUUUAGGACGAAUUUCUUAAUUCAAUUGAAAGUGAUUUUAAAUUUAAUUAGGGCUAUGUAAGAAAAAAAUAUUGAAAAAAUAUGCAUGUUAUGAGAUUUGUUUUUAUUUCAUUAGUUAAAUACUCUAUUAAUGAUCUCGUCGAA